CCGGGGCACACACCCGCACGCACGCCCCGGCACACACUCCCGCACUCGCACGCCCGCCCCCCGAGCCCCGUGGCCGAACCACGCCACGCGUGCCUAGCCAGCCCGCCGGCAGCCCCCGCCGCUCCCACCGCCCCCGGGCCCGAUGGACUGAAUGAAGGCUGCCUACACCGCCUAUCGAUGCCUCACCAAAGACCUAGAAGGCUGCGCCAUGAACCCGGAGCUGACAAUGGAAAGUCUGGGCACUUUGCACGGGCCGGUCGGCGGCGGCAGCGGCGGGGGCGGCGGCGGGGGCGGAGGGGGCGGGGGCGGGGGCCCGGGCCAUGAGCAGGAGCUGCUGGCCAGCCCCAGCCCCCACCACGCGGGCCGCGGCGCUGCUGGCUCGCUGCGUGGCCCGCCGCCGCCGCCAACCGCGCAUCAGGAGCUGGGCACCGCGGCGGCGGCGGCAGCCGCGGCGUCGCGCUCGGCCAUGGUCACCAGUAUGGCCUCGAUCCUGGACGGCAGCGACUACCGGCCUGAGCUCUCCAUCCCGCUGCACCACGCCAUGAGUAUGUCCUGCGACUCGUCCCCGCCAGGCAUGGGCAUGAGCAAUACCUACACGACGCUGACGCCGCUCCAGCCGCUGCCACCCAUCUCCACGGUGUCAGACAAGUUCCACCACCCGCACCCUCACCACCACCCUCACCACCACCACCACCACCACCAUCACCAUCAGCGUCUGUCGGGCAACGUCAGUGGCAGCUUCACCCUCAUGCGCGACGAGCGCGGGCUUCCGUCCAUGAACAACCUUUACAGCCCUUACAAGGAGAUGCCUAGUAUGAGCCAGAGCCUGUCUCCGCUGGCUGCCACCCCGCUGGGCAACGGACUGGGUGGCCUUCACAACGCUCAGCAGAGCCUGCCCAACUAUGGUCCGCCGGGCCACGACAAAAUGCUCAGCCCCAAUUUCGACGCGCACCACACUGCCAUGCUGACCCGCGGUGAGCAACACCUGUCCCGAGGCCUGGGCACCCCGCCUGCGGCCAUGAUGUCUCACCUCAAUGGCUUACACCACCCGGGCCACACUCAGUCCCAUGGGCCAGUGCUGGCUCCCAGCCGCGAGCGGCCCCCGUCGUCCUCCUCGGGUUCGCAGGUGGCCACGUCGGGACAGCUGGAGGAGAUCAACACCAAAGAGGUGGCCCAGCGGAUCACCGCCGAGCUGAAGCGCUACAGCAUCCCACAGGCGAUCUUCGCACAGAGGGUUCUAUGCCGCUCUCAGGGGACUCUCUCCGACCUGCUCCGGAAUCCCAAACCCUGGAGUAAACUCAAAUCUGGCCGGGAGACCUUCCGCAGGAUGUGGAAGUGGCUGCAGGAGCCCGAGUUCCAGCGCAUGUCUGCCUUACGCCUGGCAGCGUGCAAGCGCAAAGAGCAAGAACCUAACAAAGACCGGAACAACUCCCAGAAGAAAUCCCGCCUGGUGUUCACGGACCUCCAACGCCGGACGCUCUUCGCCAUCUUCAAGGAGAACAAGCGCCCUUCGAAGGAAAUGCAGAUCACCAUCUCCCAGCAACUCGGGCUGGAGCUGACCACUGUCAGUAACUUCUUCAUGAACGCCCGGCGCCGCAGCCUGGAGAAAUGGCAAGAUGACCUAAGCACAGGGGGCUCUUCUUCCACCUCCAGCACUUGUACCAAGGCAUGAUCCAAGGACUUCACCUGGGCACAAGUCACCUCCCAACGAGGACAACAGAUACCAAAAAGUAAAUCAAUAAAAACCAAAAACAAACAACCAACCAAAAAAAAAAAAACCAAAAACCAAAAAAUCACAAAGACAUCCGAUUCUUAGCUGGGGCCCUUCACUGGUGACUUGAAAGCACAAUUCUCCUGAAACUUCUAUUCUAGCUGUAAUCAUAGGCCAGGUGUUCAUUUUGUUUUGCUUUGUUUUAAAUGGCUACAGAGUCCAAGUACACGCUGAAAAUGAAUCUCUUUGAACCAGACACUAUCCUCUGAGCAUGCUAGGCAUCCCAGAGAUCCAAAUGGGGCCUUCUUGGAGGGAGUUAAUUACAGCAGGGUGUCCACCAAGCUCAGCACUGAUGUGAGCGUCAACAGUCCCAUUCAGGCCCAGUCAACCUCUUGUCUUCGUUGCCCAUGAGCAAUAGUGGGAAUUUGGCCUGAGUCAAGACACAGCUUAGAAUCCAAGACACUACAUCACGAAAAGAAUUUAACAACAAGAAAGACCUCAUUUGCCUCCCAAGUGCUUAGCUUCUUUAUAUCACAAUACACAAAAAUUCUCAGCCAUAACAUUACAAAAAUAAAUAAAUAAAUCAGAAUGGUAAUUACUGAGCACAAGUUUUAAAUAUGAAAAUCAAUAAAAAUCCAAGGACCUGUUUUUUUCCAACUCAGGCAUCUUUUCACUGGAUAGUUUAGAAAGCGUUAGGUUGAUUUCAGUUUACAAUUUUUCUUUUCCUUACCUCCUGGAAAUCUCAUGUGGUCUUUUGGAUCCGUCGAGGGGGGGAAAAAAGUCAGUUCACUUGAGCUCAAAGUAUCAAGCACAACAAAGAUAAAAACAGAAAUAAGGAAGGUUCUGGUUUCAAUGCAUCCAGCUUGGCAAGGUGGUCUCCAUCCGUCUUCACCGUUGUGAAGUCAUUAGGGAAUCAUUGGGAAUAUGGCUUCAAGCACAUUUUGCAGUUUGUUACAAAUUCUGUUUGUACAUAACGCAGAUGCACACUCAGGAGGCCAAUUUAACUGUUACAGUACAGGAGCAAAGGCAUCGUUGAAGAAGAUCUAGAUUUUUUUUAGAUCGUUGCCAUGUCCUUGAUUUACCAGUCCACCCAGUUCCUCCUAUGUGCGUUCCGACUACCACGCGGUUCAUUCUCAUCCUUGCUGAUUUGUGUCGUCCCUGUCCCAUCCCAUCGGUGGGGAUGUUUCUAUUGUUUUCUAGAAAGAAACAGUUUAAUAAGCCACAUCCUGUCGCCUCUUCCUAAAUCUCUUCCGUUGUUGACUCAUCCUUGUGAAACAGCCGACUGAAUCUGGAGAGAACACAGCACACCAAAGAAGCAGAAUACUGCAAACCAAAGACAUUUAUUACCUGCCAUUUUCUAGCCUACAAAUACUGUGAUUACUUUUAGAGAUCAGAACACCUCUGUAACUCCUAGUGGCACGCAGCUCUUGUCUUGGGCUCACCCUCUGGCUGAGCAACCAGCGAUACCAAUGACAUUCACCAAGCAUCCAGGCAGUGGUUUUGCCACGCCAGCCCUGGUUGUCACUUUCCCAUCGUGAGUGGAAGAGGGCCCACAGAACUCUGGGAGAUUACAAAGGUCACUAUGUGCAUAUUUACCAGUGAACGGCCCCAGGUGGGCACCGUGGGGUGUUCAAAGCAAGCCAAACGCUGCAAUGAUUCUUUACAGACACUUGAGACUGACUUUUGUAUGAAUUACUUAUUGAAACCAAAGAAACUUUUUCUGCACCUACUUCUGCAACAAACGGAACUGUCCCAUUAAUUGAGUAAAUGAUUCCAUCAAUCACUGGAAAUCACCAACAAGAAAAGCACGCUAGAAUAAAAACAAAACAAAACAAAACAAAAAAACACCGAAGACGCACUGUGUUCAAACAGACCUCUUGGGACAUUUUCUUUUUCUUUUUUUUUUUUGGAAGCAGAUUUGAAAGAAAGGGUUGAGACAAGAAUCAAAACACAGGAGAGCCUCCGUGGCUGCUGCUUCAUUUGACAACUCACUCGGUAAUCUUAAAGUUGAAGAUUGUCUUUAAUUUGUGCCUAUGCAGUUUUUCAAAAGAACAUGGAACAGAGCAACAGAAACCUCAACAGCUACAAUACCAAAGAUGAGGAUUCUCACACCUUUUGUCUCGGUUCAUGACCUUCUUUUGCCUGGUUAAAAUACUUAUAGCGUCAUUGAUCUGUACAAAGGUAAUUGAUUUUGUUUCUAUAAGCAACAAAAGGAAAGGGUCAUUCAUUUGAUUUUAUUGCCUCCCUUUAGUUUUUUGCUUUAUGGCUUUUUAGUCAACAUGGAAUCCCCCCCAAAGGUUCCAUGGACCCCAAAUUUGAGAUGUUGGGAUACUGAAUGAUGUUCCCCUCUCUCUUCAGCAGAGUAUGGGAAAUACUACUGUUCCUUGAAUGUUCGUUGCUUCUAUGUUCAGAGUCUCAUCAUUAGGGGAGGGAAGGGGAGCAAGGGUCAGGGGUAGGAGAGUCUGGGUGAUAGGUCCUCUCCAGAGCCACAGAACCAAAGAAUUUAUAGAGAAAUUUUACAACCUCAUCUUCAUGUGACUGCCACAUAGUAACAGGGCUUCAUUUGGGGGUGGGGAAACAUGUAAAAAGAAUCGCCAGUUUCUACUUUUCUAUUAGCUUUUUAAAAAAAAAUCAGCUGUAAAGUUGCAUUUCUAAAGAAAAAUAUAAAUAUAGAUAUAUAUUAAAUGUAUGAGUACAUAUAUAAACCAACCUGCAUUGGUGAUAACCCAAAAAUUUUGCUGUCCAAAUUCAUGCCAUCUUUUUGUCAUAGGCUCCAUUCACUGAGUGUUCAGUUCAUAGCUAUUGUCAUUUUCCAUGCCAUUCCAGAGUUAAUUUGCCACUGUGGUUGUCUGGCAGUAUUCAUAUUUUUAUGUCAACUUAUGGGAAAGGGUGAAAGUCAUGUUUAAAUGUUUCUACAUGUAACUUGUUGAUGAAUGGAUUCAUGAUAUAAAUGAGUUUUAGUUGUAUUUAGUCAUCUCUAUUCUAUGCUUCAACCAUGAUAAGCAAGGUUUCUCUACCAGAUUAGCUCAGAGCUACUGCUGCUGCUAGCAGUGAGGAAUUCAUCUUCUCUCAUUGCUGGGAAUGCUUAGUGGUCCAUUCCCAUCCUCUGUGGAGUAGAACACCCAGAAAUCCACUUUCCCAUAGAUGCCCUAUCCAUCAAAGUAGUCUAGAUUCUUCUAAGUGAGCAGACCCACCAGGGACUUCUCAUGGGGAAGUCCAGCUCCCUUUGCAAUGGGUUGAACAGGUGUCCUCAGGGUAGUAAUUACCAAUUUGUAUUGAUAAGCUUGAAUGCAACUAUAGCUGCCACUGGGAUUGUUGCGGGGACAUAGCUCAAUCCUGAAGAAAAAACAUACAGCAGACUGUGGGGAGAGUCCUAGGUUCCUGUCCCUGGAGAGCCACAUCAUCUGUUGUCCACUUCUUUACUCGCUCACUGUGGCUGUCCUAUAUAUGGAGUAUCAUUUCCAGAGCCGAGAGAAUGUGGCUCUGUGUGACUUUUGUAAUCCGUCCUGCCUAGAGAAUUUUUUUUUCUCUUUUCCCUUGUUUCUCUCUGUCCCUUGCUUAUAUUCCAUGGACCCUUGGUCAAUGACCAAGAGAGAGGCAUAUUUUCCUCUGGAAAUUGCUCCCAUUUCAGCUUGGUCAGGUGAAUUUUAACUUGGGUAAACACUAAAUGAGUCCUUGUGAAUUGUGGCCAAUGGGAAUGGUGGUUCUGCUUCAAUACAGACUGAGGAACCAAGCAUCUUACUUUGGUUGGUGACUGACACUAAUUAACAGCAUUUGGGUCUCCACAUCCUUGGAAGAUGAUGGCAUGAAGAUAAAAGGCAAGAAUUCCCCUCCAAGAACGCUUGGUAAAUGUCUCACAUAUCUCAGAUCAUACCAAAGAGAAUGCUUGCUUUAAAAAUGUUACACACACACACACACACACACACACACACACACAUAUAUGUAUAUGUGUCUGUACACAUAUGCAUCAAAAUUUUAAGCCAUACAAAGUUUCAUUUUGCUAGAUAGGUGAGAGGAAAAAAGUACUAUACUGAAAAGUUAUAGAAUUUUAUCCAGUGUGGUUUUUUUCCCCAAAGCCUUUAAAUUUUUAUUUUAAAUUAAUAGUUUCAGAAAAAUAUUGGGACUUGGAGAUAACCUAUAAUCCAUAUCCUCAAUCCAAGAAAAGUUCCAGGCUGCCUCAACCAUCAACAACAACUGGACACUGUGAAGUAAUAGCUCACAACCCAAUUUCACAUUCUUGGGGUGACAGAAACCCAAAUGCUCAAAGCUACUGAGUCAAAGGUGUUUCUCUUUAAGCCUUUGCAUAACUAAGCUUUUGUUUCAUUUUGUUUUCAGUGUGAUUUUAAUAAUGGAGAUUCAAUUCCUUCAUUCCCAGAAUUCUUUUAAAGGGGAGCCAAUAUAUUUCUUUUUUUAAAGGCCAACAACAACAAUAAUAAAAAUUCGAGUCCAGUAUUUAAAAGAUUUUCCCAUAAUGUUAUAGAGCAUUUGGUUUGUGUCACAUAGUGGUACAGGCUAGUCUGAGCCAGGAAGGAAAGAUCAGGCUUGCAUACACAACUCCUGUUUUUCCAAAGGCUCUUGGCAGCUUUGGCUUUGGAAAUCCAAACUCAAUGUCACUUCAAGGUAAAGCAAGACAAAAACUAGGAAGUUAAACCUACUAGACACACACACACACACACACACACACACAUACACUCAUACACACACACACACACACACACACACACACUUUCCUAAGGCAAACAGUUCCAAAGCCAAAUAUUAAUAACUUAAUUUUAAAUAAGCAAACACUGUCUAUGCUGGGGAUCCAUGUUUUAGUGCCAGUAUAUCAAAAUUGAGCAGAUUUUUAAACAAAUAGCCACUCUUUGGUAGAUACAGAGAGGAACUGUCCCAUUAUCAAAAAUGUCUAGGGAUAUGUCUGUUAGCUUGAUACCAUCAAAAUAUCAUGGAAAUACACUUUUGGAGGAAAUGGGUCUUCAGGAGCUUGUCGAAUUGGAAUUUUUCAAAAUCUACAAGCAGACUAAGUUCCAAGGUUGUUAGAGAAUAGUAGAGCCUAUUGAAAACUGGGGAAAGUAGAUGGCAGCUGUGGUUAGUUAGUGUUGACCACAUGGCCCAGACACUACUUUGACAGUACCUCUUCUAGAUUCCUACCCAAUCAGAGCUGACAUUUUACUGUCCUGUUGAUGCUCUGAUUCAACCUUGCUGGCCUAACCAAGUGAGUGGAAAGCAGAAGAAGGGAUAGAGCCCUUCUGAUGGUUAUUUGCAAAGCUGGACAACUCAACAGUUCUCUGCAGUUUAGCCAGCCAGAGAGUCCAGUUGUAAAAUAAGCCAAAGUAAAUCCCCACUUAAGAAGAGUAGUAUCCCAGGUGGCUGCUUGAACUAUGGAUGCCCUAAUUCCUAAUUUCUAUCUACACUUUGUUUCUUUACAAUGUAGGGGGCAAGGGUAGGUGGUUGAUUGGUUUGUUUUAGAAAGUCCGAAGUACUUGUGAAACAAAAAAAUUAAUUCUUAAAAUAACAUAGGAUUUCAUAUACAUAGAUAGAUGCAAAACUUUUCAUUAAGGCCCAUGGGUCAUUCUGGGAGUCCACAGGACCUUAAGCAUUCAUCAACCUCAAUUACCCAAGUAACUAACAGUCAUAGGGAAGUAAAAGGUCUAGGUCUAGAGCCCAGGCUCUAUCUCUGUGGACUUUGAGUUAGGUUGAUUGACAUUAACCAGUUUAUACUUUUUAGUGGAAAAAAAUGUAUGUAAGAAAAAAAAAUCACCAUAGGCUUGGUCAUUCCAUGGGAAUUUUCCAUUUGGUUCCAUUUUUAGCAACAGGAAUUUUUACAUGGCAUAGACCUUGGUAGAUAAGUUUGCCUGACACUUAUACUGUCUGUGGGCUUGGAUGUAUACAAAUCUAGAUACAUAUUUCAACAUAGAUCCUCACAAUUAACUUUACAUCUGCAUACAUUGCCUAGAGGUGUCUAGAUGUGUACAUGCAAGUGUGUACAGACAUGCUUAAUACAUAUAUAUAUAUAUUGUAAUCUGUUACAAUAAAUAAAUUUCAAAUCAUCAUGCAACAUGUAUAUGAUACUUUGACAAUGUACCUUGUCUUAUUAUUUAUUGUAAUGCUGAAAACCAAAGUACAGAAAUGUAAGCAAAAGUAUCCAACAUCAUCAUUCAUCAUGAUACUUGAAAUUACUUUCAUUUGGGUCCAGCAAGGACAAACAACUCAUAAUGGAACAUUAGAUAUUAUUUAAUUAUCUGUGUUAGAUGUUUGAUGACUUUGGUUGAAUAGCUUUAUUCUAAAUCUCUCGUAACUAAAGCUAAAUCCAAAGACCUGAAAAAGAACAAAAAAGGGAUUGGAGGACUCAGAGUCAAGUCAAAUCAAUGGGAGACAGUGGGCUCUGGUUUCCAGGGUUGAAACAGUGGUGGUAUGAGUAUGUGGAAGUUAACUAAUUGGGGUGGUGAUUUUUUCCCCUCAUGUUUGUCCCAUCAAAGUGAUCUUUAAUGUGAUAAAGCUUUAGAAGUCAUACUUUGCUGCUUUAUUUUGACUUAGAAUAUAGAAAUAAAUGACCCAUUUUGUCCAUCAAAAGAAAAAAAAAUGAAGACAGUCCAUCCUCCACCCCUCAGCUAUAUUUUCACGUGUCUCUUUCAACUGUGACCCAACAAGCUGUUAAUAUAAUUAAUUUAUUUAAAUUAGUUUCUUGUAUACUAGCAUGUAGGAUUUGGGUCAUUAUUUAAUUCUCUUUCCUUAGUUUGAUUUUACUCCUUGUUCUUAUUUAUCAAGACGUAGAGCAGUGAUGCAUCUGAGAUGCCAAACCUUAGCUGUCCUCUUCUAGUGGAGUCUGCUUCCUAAAGCAGUGAACUUCUGUUACAGACAGGGAAGAAACAUAGGUUACACGGAAAAUGAAAAACAAUCUGGGGGUAUUUCCCCUUGCUGGAUUAACUUUUGAAAUGGUUUAAUGGUUAUUAAAUUAUUUAAUUUAAGUUCACAGUGCCACCGGGUGCCAGGUGAACUUCACCUCUUAAUUACCGGGGCCCUCAGAGCCUUUCUAUGGUAACUUAUUUAUUUAACUUAUUCGGCAUCUGUGACAGAUGCGUGUAUAGUUUGUGUUUGUUAUUUAAAACAACAGAGAGCGAGCACUGCGGUGUGUCUGCCGUCAGAACAACAGAGCAGAUGUGUGGACAAGCAGUGACCUGCUCAGCCUGAACCUGCUUCAGAACCCUCGAGCUGAGAUCCAACUUCACCAGCCCAGAUUUCGGGGCUUCUAUACGGAAACUGGAAAAAAUAAAUUAAAAAGAAAAAAAAUCAUAAACCAAAAAGAGAGAACCCUUACACUAGCUGCUUCCAAGAAAGAACUCAGUGUGCGUGUAAAGCAACAAAACAAAAAGGGGAAAAAAAGCAGAAAAAAAAAGGAAAAAACGGAAAAACUUUCUAUUUGUAGUGAGAACCAAAGAAGGCUACCUCACUGACUUUUUCCAUUUGUAAUUUUAAUCGUGUUGAUGACACCAAAGAUACCAAAGAUUCCUUUCUCUGUGCGGUCUGCAUUUUGCUUGUGCUCUUUUAUGAUUUGAACUCUUCUUUCUGACAUAUGGUAUGUACAGCCACAGCUCAGACACCCCAAAGAAACAAUGAUGUAUGGGAAGGGGGCUGUGAACCUGGAAAGGGAUAUUUUCUGUGUCUCUGGCCUUUGCCUGCUGCCCCCACCCCC